AUGGCCCUGAGUCCAGGGGCUAACCUGGUCUUUCCUGAAGACCCAAAGAUAAUACCAAGACUCAAAGCCUGUGGGGCCCCAGUUUUAGGCCUUGGUACCAUCCCUGGGCCCAACCCAGAUAUGACUCUUGUUCCUAUGUUGAACCUACCCUUAAGUCCUGGCUUGGCUCCCAUUCCAGAUCUUAACCCAACUCUGAGUCCUGUCUCAGGGACCAAUAACACCCCCAGGCCUGGGGAUAGCGGGGCCACGGCUCCUGCCUCCCUCCAGGUCACCAGUUCUUGCUCUGGUGAAGCCUCGGACAGGGAUUUGAGUCACAUCUUGAGGCCUGACACACAGGGGACUCUCCGUCCAGCCUCAAACCCCACUCUGAGCUCUGGCUCUACUGAGCCCGCCAGUCAGAGCUCAGAGAACCCUGGGUCAAAUUCUGAACAGGCCUUCAAGUGCCUCCCAAGCAAGACUUUUGAUUUGGGUCAGAGUAACUCCAAUCCUUCAAGGCCUGAAUUAAACCCGUUCAUAAGGCCCCAUUCUGGAGAAGCCCUGGUUCUGGGCUGCUGUGUCUCCAGACCAGGCUCAAAAGCACUGCUUAUUCCAGCCUCAAACUCUUCUCUGGAUCUUCACUCCAGUCAGCUGCUCGGGGCAGGCUCAAGAAACAUCUCCAACCCGAACCUGAAUGUAGCUCCAGAUUCUUGUGGGACCCUAAUCCCGGCCACAAAUGAGACCCUCACUUUGGCUUCACGUAACAUCUCGGGGUCAGUUUCGAAAGGAGGCUUUGGUGCAACCUGGAGCACAAGUUCCAAGGGAACCAUCAGUGUGGCUUCAAACAGAUACCCCAGAUCUGAUUUGAACAUGACUGUCACUCAGGCCUCGUGUGUGACCCUGAUUCCUGGCUCCAGCGAGGGCAUCAGCUUGCACUCCAGCACCCCGGGACCCAACUCCACCAUCUCUCCACCCUCGUGCGUGACCCUGUUCCUGGGCUCCAGUGAGACUCUGAGCCUGGGCUCCAGCCUCAUGUUCAGCGACACCUCCACUUUGACACUGAGCAGCCAGCAGGAGUAUCCUGAGGACAGCAGCGUCCGCACCGUGCCCCUGGAGGGGAACCUGGAGAGUUGGGGCGAGAUGGCCAGCCUCGAGGUGGGCCGGUUCCCGCCGGGGCUCCCCACCUCCGACACCGCCAGUAAGGACAUGGCCUUCCAGUGCAUCCCUGAGGGAGCCCUCGAUGAUGUGACUUCAUGCCUGGUGCACGUGCCAGAGAAGAGAGAGGACGGCAACAAAAUGGCUCCGGUCGGGAACAUCAUCACCCUCUGGAGGAGCCAGGAUCUGCUGGAAGUGGAAGGAGAGAAGAAGACCAAGAUGAAGAAGAUGAUGAGGCAGAUCCAGGAGGAGCCGCUGGAUUCCCUCUCAAGCUCUGUCCGCCGGCAGGCCAUGGAGACCCUGACCCAGCUGAGUCACACGCAGCCCACGCUGGGCGUGCAGGAGAGGUCAGAGCUGGUGAGCACGUGCGUGCGGAGUGUGUUCUCCCUGCCCUCUGUGCAGGCCAUGCAGGAGAAGGACGAGGCCAAGGCUGAGGUCGUCCAGACGCUUUACCGUCAGACGCUGGAUGCCCUGCAGACACUGCUCAAGGCCCUCUUUGUCGAGGACCCCACUCCCGCUGGGCUGAAGAGCGUCUUGGAGCCCCUGGGGCCCUGGAUGAACUCUGGGAAGGCCCAUGAGCGAGCACGGGCUGUGAACAGCAAUGUUUCUGUGUUGAACCACACGCUUCUGACUCUGCCUUUCCUUAUGUCCUCGGGGUUCCCGGCACUGGGGCUCCUGCUGGGGAGGCUCAUCCUUCGCGUCGGGGAUCCUGAUGAGGAGAUUGGCCGGGAGGCUCUGGACGGCAUCACCAUCCUCUACACUAUCCUGGAGCUGCAAAAACGAGCCAGAGAUAAGGAAGAGACCAACAAGAAGGAGCUGUAUGAGAGCAACAAGCGUUUCCUGGGGCCCUACAACCCCGUCAGCCCGUGCCAGAACAUCCUGCGCGUGAUUGCGGAAUUUGGAGACUUCCUGGGGCCCCAGCAGGUAAAGGACCUGCUGCUGGCAGCCCUGGAAGGGCUGAAAGGCGGCUCAGAGGCUCCAGGAAAGGAUUCCAGGGAGAUCAUGCAGCUGGCCUCAGAGGUCACGCUCAGCUCGGUGCUGGAGUGGUACCGCCACAGGGCGCUGGAGGUGAUCCCCGAGAUCAUGCAGGGCAUCUACAUACAGCUGAGCCACAUCCAGGAGCCACGAGCCCGAGAGGUGGCCCUGCUGCCCGUCUCCCUCCUGGCCAGCUCCUUCAUGACCGAGGUUGUGGUGGCCCUGCUCAUGUGCCCCCUCCCGCUGGACAGCAACGGAGCAGAGAUGUGGAGGCAGCUGAUUCUGCGCAAGCCCAGCUGUGAGGUCCGAGACCUCCUGGAUCUGCUCCUGACCAGCCUGAAGGAGAAGCCUGUCACCAAGAAGGGCCAGGCCUCCAUUGUGCCCCUAGCGGCAGCCAGCGGCCUGUGCGAGCUCCUGUCUGUGAACAGCUGUGUGGGCCGCGUGAGGCGCAUCUACCCGCAGCUGCUCCUGGCCCUGCUCAUUCAGGUCCAUUACCACAUCGGCCUCAACCUGCCCGGCCACGUGGCUCCUUGCAAGGACGCCAGGAAGGACGCAGAGCCCCCUGCCUUCGUACCUGUGCGCUGGGUGGUGAAAGUGGUGAAAACCCUGCUGCUGAAGAUGGGCUGCUCUUACGAGGCCACCUUUGUGGAGAACCAGGAUGGCUGGGAGCUCAUGGGACAGGCGGAGAACCACCACCGAGGAGUGUCCCUGCUGGCAAGGUGCGGCCCGGGGACGCUGGGGGUGGGGGUAAACACCUACCAAGACCGUGCCUUCACAUUCCUCAGCCAGAGCCUGGAGUACGCCAAGAACCCACGGGCCUCCCUCCGGAAGUCCUCAGUCAUGUUCAUAGGGUCCCUGGUCCCCUGCAUGGAGAGCAUAAUGACAGAGGAUCGUCUGAAUGAAGUGAAAGCUGCUCUGGAAAACUUGAGACGUGACCCAGAAGCAUCAGUGUGCAUCUACGCAGCCCAGGCCCAGGACCACAUCCUGGCCAGCUGCUGGCGGAACUCCUGGCCGCUGCCGCACGGGGACCCGUGGGUGUGCGACCCCGCUGCCACACACCGCUGGAGCCCCAGCUGUGAGCACCUGCCCACUUCCCACCAGCGGCGCUCCUGGAUCAUGCAGGCACUGGGCUCCUGGAAGAAGUCCUUGAAGCAGUGA